AUGCCAUUUGAGCAAACGCACGCGGGCGCAGACCCUCGCGCCAUCGAAAAUCUAGAUACAACGCCAGAGGGCCAAGAUGGGGACUCAGCACCAGUUUCCAGCAGAUCAUCAAUGUCCUAUACAAGAACAUAUUCAACGCCAGCGACCGGGGCACAAACCCCAGAUACACUGAUGGGCAACACCGUCGUGGACAAACUCGCUCUUCAAAACCUCUCAAUGAAAGGCAUCACCCCAGGCAAAGAAGAGAGCUAUGUCCUCGACACAACCAUGAAAAACCGCAAGCCGUCAAUCUCGGUAUCCCGUCGGAACGAGCUCUCCGACGAAGAAUCGGCAUCUCCGACCCGCACCAAACAAGGCAUUCCUCCCGAGCUCUCCAGCUUCACAGCCGAACUCAUCAUGAUCUUCGUCUGCUCCGCAGGCCUAAUGCUCUUCUCUUUUCUAUUAGGCGACAUGCUCGCACCACAAGAACAAAUCAAAGCCGCACUCGGCAUAACGAGCACCGAGCUCCCGUGGGUCGUCGGCGCCUUCAACACCGCCAACGGGCUAUCGGUUAUAAUCUCCGGCUCGCUAACAGAUCUGAUGCCCCCGAAAAGCCUCAUGGUCGGUGCCUUCGCCUGGCUCGGCGUCUGGAAUAUCAUCGGCGUGUUUACCCUCCACCCAUCCCGGUAUAUUCUUUUCUUCGUCAUGCGCGCGAUGCAAGGGCUCGCCAUCGGCGUCCUCGUCUCGGGGAGCAUGAGCAUCCUCGGCCGUGUCUACACGCCGGGGAUUCGCAAGAACCGCGUGUUCUCGGCUAUGGCGGCGACGGCUCCGUUCGGGUUCUCGCUUGGCGCCAUCCAGGGUGGAGCGCUAUAUCAGCAUUUGCCGUGGAUUUUCGGCUCAAAUGCUAUUAUCUGUGCGCUACUUUGCGUCGCGGCUUGGUAUACCAUUCCGCCGCUUCGUCCUGUUGCCGAUAUCGCCGGCAAAGAAGCCCCGUCCAUUAAGCAGUUCGAUUACAUUGGCGGGUUCUGCGCUGCGGGUGGUUGUGUUUGUCUUUUGUUUGGACUAACGCAGGGCCCUGUCGCUUCGUGGUCCCCGUACACUUAUGUCUUGAUCAUUGUCAGCUUUGUUCUAUUCGUUGGAUUGUUUUUCGCCGAGCGCUCGGCUGUCCGUCCGCUCAUCCCUAACCGACUCUGGCGGACACCAGGCUUCACGCCGUUGAUGAUCGCAUACUUCUUGGGCUUUGGGUCUUUCUUCGGGUGCUGGCAGUUCUACGCAAUUCAGUUCUGGCUGCGUAUUCAGCAUGCCAGCCCGAUUGCUGUCGCUCUGUAUCACAUUCCAAAUGCCCUGGUCGGUGUGUUGGCUACGGUCAUCGUGGCUCGGACUCUGCACCUCGUGCCGGGGCACUACAUAUAUACAGUGUCGAUGCUGGCAUUCACGCUUGGGUCGGCGUUUUUCCUCCCACAAACAGCGAACACCACUUACUGGGCGCUGUCAUUCCCUGGUAUUACGCUGGUCACGUUCGGGCCUGACCUUGCUUUUGCCGCGGCUUCGAUCUUCAUUACUAGUAAUGUUGAGCGGUCCUACCAGGGAAGUGCUGGCGCUCUCCUUGUCACGAACCAGAAUCUCUCCUCGGCCAUCAUGACGAGUGUUGCUGAUGCUAUCGGUACCCGUGUUGACAAGGGUGCUGAUGGAGAGAUCGGUCUUGCUGGACUACAUGCUAUUUGGUGGUUUGCACUUGCGGCGCAAUUGCUUGCUGCUUUAGUGACUAUUGUUUGGGUGCGAAUUCCCAAGGAAGAAGAGAAAGAGCAUGUCACUUGA